ACGCUCAAUGCCAUAUCGUUCGACCGCCCGCCAUAAUGUGCUACCACUGCACUCAUCAGCAAGCUCUACUUUACCGCCCGGUUCUUAUACGUCCUAUGGGCAUACUUCGACAACAACAACACCAUACUACGAAUCACACCAUCUCAGCAGCAGCCAGGCCGCUGACGGCAAUUUGCCAAGCGCAAGCACCAGCGCCGCUUCCACAGCCAGUCCGCCGCCAUUUCACACACACGCUGCUGCAACGGCGUUGCAUAGGCUGCCGUCACACCACAGCAGCCAACAUCACGUCGCGCAUGCGACGGCGACAAUCGACGAAGAUGGCACUAGUCUCUUUUCGCCACUCUCACCUUCUACGCCGCUUACCGCUGCCGUGGCCAAGGACACUCACAUAUUCGUGUAUAAGGAAGCGAAAGCGAAAACAGCUCGUAAGCGUCUAAUUGCCAACCAUGUUGGCGAAAUUAUGGCUGAGGUACCGCGCCGCAUUUCAAUGGAGGUAAGCGAUGAGGAGGAUGCCAUUGGUUUGGUGGAUGAAGUGGAACGCCGUCGACGUUACUUGCGCGCUGCUAGAAGGAAAUCCUAUGCUGCGCCGAAGAACGCUGGCAUUUCGUCAGGUGCCGGUGCUGGAAAGGGAAGUGGGAGUGGUCGCAAUGACGCUGGUGCAUUAAGUAGUGGCGUGGAAGAUGAAAGCGGCGAAGAGGAUUAUCUAGAGUUGGAGAGUGGCAAACGGAUGUCACAGGACCAAACAAAACGCACAAAGCCUUCCACAUUGCGACGCACACUAAAUGCGCUGCGUCAGCGUUUAACACGUCGCAGUCGCACCAAGCCGCCCGAUUGGUUUCUCCAGAAAUUCUCCAAUACAAAUAAUGUAGAUAAAAUUGGCAAGACUACAACCGUUACAACAACAGCUGCAGUUGUGGCUAACGAAGAAGGAGCGAGUGGACCAGCACCGGCGAAUACGGCGCCAGCCGAUGAGGGUCUUUCCAGUGAAAUACGUGGCUCGAGUCGACUGUGUAAUCGUCUAUCGGUGAACCCGACACUGCAGUCACAUUACAGGUGGCUUGGUAUUGUAUCGUUAGCUGUUCUCUAUAACAUAAUCUUUGUGGUGGGUCGUUCCGUCUUCUGGGAGAUAAAUCAUCGUGCUCCAACGGUGUGGUACUUCCUGGAUUAUUUAUGUGAUUGCAUUUAUCUGGUGGAUACGCUAGUGCAUAUGCAUGAAGGUUACUUGGAUCAGGGUCUGCUCGUGCGCGAUGCUUAUAAAUUACGACGUCAUUACUUUCACACCAAAGGUUGGUCCAUCGACGUGCUGUCAAUGCUGCCAACUGAUCUUGCAUAUAUAUGGUGGUCGCCAAGCUCUUGUAGUGCCGGCGGUUUACCUUGUCCCGUGAUAGUGCGCCUAAAUCGUUUGUUACGUGCUCCUCGCCUCUGGGAGUGGUUCGACCGUACCGAAACGGCUACUGGUUAUCCGAAUGCUUUUCGCAUUUGUAAAGUGGUGCUCGCCAUUUUGGUGCUAAUACAUUGGAAUGCCUGCAUGUAUUUCGCAAUUAGUUAUUAUCUCGGUUUUGGUUCGGACAACUGGGUAUAUAAUUUGAAUGGCCCACGGAAUAGCACUUUGCAGAGACAAUAUAUUUAUAGCUUUUAUUGGUCUACAUUGACAUUGACGACGAUCGGUGAGACACCAACGCCAGAAAAUGAUGCGGAAUACCUGUUUGUGGUGGCAGACUUUCUGGCAGGCGUGCUGAUCUUCGCCACAAUUGUGGGUAACAUUGGUUCGAUGAUUUCCAAUAUGAAUGUGGCACGUGUCGAGUUUCAAAAUCGCAUGGACGGUGUCAAACAGUACAUGGCCUUCCGGAAGGUUGGCCAUGAGUUGGAGGCGCGUGUGAUACGUUGGUUUGCCUACACUUGGUCACAGAGUGGAGCGCUCGACGAAGAACGUGUGCUGGCGGCACUACCGGACAAACUGAAAGCCGAGAUUGCCAUACAAGUGCAUAUGGACACACUAAAACAGGUGCGCAUUUUCCACGACUGCGAACCGGGACUACUAGAGGCGCUUGUGUUGAAACUAAAACUGCAAGUCUUCAGUCCCGGCGACUAUAUUUGUCGUAAAGGUGAUGUUGGCAAAGAAAUGUAUAUAGUAAAACGAGGCAAAUUGUCCGUGGUCGCAGACGAUGGCGUCACAGUGUUUGCAACACUUGGCGCCGGCUCAGUUUUCGGCGAAGUGUCAGUGUUGGAAAUAGCAGGCAAUCGCACCGGUAAUCGACGAACAGCCAAUGUACGUUCACUAGGCUACUCGGAUCUCUUUUGUUUGGCGAAACGUGAUUUAUGGGAAACGCUGUCCGAUUAUCCAGAAGCGCGUGCCACACUCACGGAACGCGGCUGUCAGCUGCUGCGUAAAGAUGGUCUACUAGACGAGAGUGUUUUUGCGGAUUCACAACGCGCGCACGACAGCAUCGAGAGCGGCAUUGAAAAGUUAGAGAUGUCCGUAGAGAAUUUAAAUGUGCGGUUGGCACGCUUACUUGCCGAGUACACAGCCAGUCAGGCGAAACUGAAGCAACGGCUGGCGAAACUGGAAUCAAACUAUCAAUUAACCCACAACUCUAACGCCGGCAUCAGCGUCGUCGAACCGCAAGCACGUCCACGCAGCGGGCGUCUCUACUCGCUGCAACUAAAGAAGCGUACGCGGCAAAAACGUCUAACGGCAUCUACGAAAUCCAACGAGAGCAGCAAACAGAACACGCUGUAAGCGUGAGACGUUGUUGCAUAAGUGAUGCUGGCAAAUGCCAAAACCAAUACCCCCAAGGCCAACAACAAUGGACAGCAAAUAAGCCAAAUAAAUGGAAUUUCAUUGCAAGCCGGAAGAAAAAUUGCGGGGGUCCAACAACUGAGAGCAGAGGCAAUGCUGGCAAAAGCCACGCGAGCGUAAGUGGCACAAAUUUAUACAUGGAUGUGUGAGUGCGUGUGUGUGGGUGCCACCCACUGUUUGUCCUUCGAAUGCGGCUUUGAUGCGCUUUGUUGUUUGUUUGCCGAAGUUGUCAACUUUUUAGCUUUUAUUUUCAUGAAGUGAAGCUUAAUGCAGUUGUCCGUUGGUCCACUAUUACGCAAGGUAAAGCCAACAACCCAACACCCACCUUCCCACUCUCUUAGUCAACUUGUACGUGCCGAUGCGCUGAGAUGCGAUACUAAAUGGUGAUAAAUGAAUUGAAAUUCACAAAACUUAAGUAAACUGUAAGUUUAAGCUAAAAUUACAAGGAAAUCUAUAUAUAUAUUUCAAAUACAUACAUAUAAAUUCAAUUUGCAUUUACAUUUGCAAAUACAAGUAGAAAUAUUUAUAUUUAACUAAACGUGUAUAUAAGAUUUAUCGGAAUAUAAAAACUGACUUAUACACAA